AAAUGCCAAAUUGAAGAGUGUUGAGGCUUGUGUUAAUAGGUCAAAUACUGAAAACUCCGGUUAAGUGAUCAAGGAUAUCAGUGCUAAUAGGAAGUGUGAAAAAUGUUUUCGAAAUAUUUGUUGAAUUUCUUAAUCGUUGGCAUCGUAGCCGAUGUUGCCUUCGCUUGUAAUGGUUAUAAAGCAAAAAUUUUAAAAUUGGAAAAUUGUGCUGGUCCCGAAGGUAUCAUUACUGUUGACUCGGAUUUUUCGGUUAAAUUGAACAAGAAAUGUGAAUUGGUGCCAACCGGUUGCAUUGUCAAUAAAGCCUUCAAUACUGCAGUUUCGAAAUUCAAAAUAACAAAAGAUGGCGUUGUUAUCAAGGAGGGUAAGCACGAUAUGUGUGCCAUGGCUGAGCAGGCACCAAAUGAAGCAAAGGACCUGUUAAAACUAUUUGGUGCUCCACCAAAUUGUCCAGUACCAGAGGAAAAAAUUUGUGCUAACGACCACAAAGUUGACUUGUCAAAAUACAAGGCUAUGCUUAGCAUGGCAAAGGGUAAUAUUGUUAUUGAUUCAGAGGUUCAACACGAUACUGGCAAAUCUUGCAUCCAUGUUGAACUUGAAAUCACCAAGAGUUAAAUUAUAUAAGAAAAUUUUUUUCAACAGGAACCAAAUUGAUGUUAUUGGAUUAGUAAAAAUGUGUUAAAUUUCAAAUCAAACUUAAGUAAUCAAUAAAAUAAUUAAAUAAAUGA